AUGCAGUCGCGAGGUGAUGGAUCCACCCCGGAGAAGCUAUCGUCUAGCAGCGCUCCUUCGGAGGUUUUUCUUACGAAAUUGGCGCAGAAGGUGGAAAAACUGGAGACGAAGCUGCAGCUACUGCUACAGGAACGAAAGAUGGAAGAAAUGGAACAGACAUUCUUGCAGCCCCAGGUCGAGAAUGAGAAACUGCAAGCCGGGAGAGAGCCAAACAGUCGCCUGCCCUCCCCUGCUAUGCGUCAGCACAAGAAGGAUGAGGCCGCGCUGGAAGCGAGGGGUGCAACAGGGCGCAUCAACAUGGGUGCCCCGACGGAAGACAACGGAAAUCAGGAGGCACGGGCCCGCGAAGAUAGUUUGGAGGACCACUCAGCCAUUUCUAGAACACAAUCACUCGCGCUGGCUCUGCGGGAGAACACCACAGCCGCGUUUGAGCGCAUUCGCGACGUAGGUGCAACCAACGAGUACGUGUUGGAAUUGGUCGUCGCUUUCCUGUUCGGGUGGAUGCGGAGCCAGGCCUUGUUCAGCACUGUGUUUGUUUGCCUGGCCUACCUCGCUGCGGUGUCUAUCACGUUGCUUCCCGCGCGACUGGUGCUGUGUCCGCGGCGGUUUCCGACGCGAGAGCACGCCGAGAAGAUGCGCAAGCGGGGGCUCGGCCACCUGUUAAAUGGCGUAGAAGAAGAGGAGUUCUACCUGCUACCCUGGAACUUCUACGAACACGGGACCUUGAGCAGCGUGUGCCAAGUGCAGAGCUCUCCGGAGGGAAUCAUCUUCACGUCUGGCCUCCUGAUGUUUGGCGUAUUCGUGAUUCUGAGUCGUUACACCUUUGAACUGCACAGCCCCUGGUGCUUCUUGAAGCAUUCGCUGGUGACGGAUCUCGGAACCGGCUUUACAGUGACUCAGUCCUACCUGGAGAUGAGUCUGCGACUGCUGCUUCUCGUGGUGCCUGCGAGCGGAUUCAUACUCACUGCAUGUCUUCCCUCCGUGUCCUUUGACCACGACGAGAUCACGCCACUACCGGCAGCAAACUCUUCCUCCCGUGCGAAAGAAGCGGAUAAGGCAGGAGAGAGUGUUGAUGAAGAAGAACGAGCAAGGAUUUCAGCUCCGCGGGCACAGCAAAUCGAACUGCAGGCAGAGGCCACGCGCAUGAGUUUACAACAGUCGCAGAAGUAUUUGUCUAUCGGGCACGGCGCGUUUGUGGUCUUGGCAAUGUUUUUGAUGCUGGUCUUCGAAACCGUGCAACUUGUGUUUGGGGAAGGCGUCUCCGUUUCUUACGUGUUUCGCUUCUUUGAGGACCCGACUCCGCAUGACCCGCUUUUGGCAAAACGAGUGGAGGACAUGGCACAAUUCCAUGCGCUGAGCACGAUGGAUUCCUGCCAAAGACGGGAGGUCUGUGUGGCGUAUUACUUCGAGCCUUUCCUUGCCGCGCGCAUGCUCACGCUGCUGUUUGGCUGGGUCAGUGCUUCCCUCUUUGUGGUGCUUAAGUCCUGUGUCAACUUCAGGCAGGGCCAGAUGUCCGAAAAGCGGUCCGGCCCCCUUGUGCCGGUCACAGUGUCCCUGUUCUGGCCCUCGCUCGUCUUUGUCUUGGAGGUGCUCGCCAUGUACACGGUCUUUCUUUUGCCAGUGCUCAAGGCUAUGGAACUCUUUUGUUCCUAUAGUACUAGGACCGCUCCUUCCGCACUCGCACCGACCUCCAGCGAAUAUGCUACCACGCAGGCGCAGGUGCUCCAACCUGAUUACACAAUUGGCAACCUGGUCUUUGGUCUCUUUUCUGAAGCUCGUGCCUUUUGGUGGGUGGAUCAUGCAUCCGCUGAAGGAGGACCAGUCGAACAGGCCUGCGGGACGUUCUGGGAUACUGUCCUCGGCGAUCAAGGCCGCUGUCCGACGGGUGGCAGCACCGGCAUCAAGUUUGGAGAUGUAUGGUUUCACCGCGAUACGUGAUUAUACCAUGGCGACUCGCAGAGUCGCAUGAUCAUGAAGGAAACAAAAGCGGUGCAAAAGUUGUCUCGAUGUUCCGAAACGGCAUGACAAUCAAUCUCAACUUCAAUCAGUCCCUUUUGAACGACAGCGAUCCAGUGAGCAAGUAAGGACGUUGCAGAGAUGAUGCGGUGCGUCUGAAAAACAAACACUGAGCUCAAGACCGAUGGCGCUCUGAAUCUCUUUGUUUGACAAAACAGUGCUACUUAGUAGACUUUGAUGAGUCUACUUAUGGCAAAUAUCGAGUGAAACGUCAUCAUGUAAAAAAAAGAGAAAGAAAGC